AGGGUGCCGAGCUGGCAGUCACCGGUGCUCCCGGUUCCAGCUGCUGCGCUUGACCUUCGCCUCGGCCGCUGCUCUCACUCGUCAUGUUCUCCGUCCGCGUCCCGCUCGCCACCAUCACCGACCAGCAGCAGCUGCAGGUGUCGCCGCUGAAGCGACUCAGCCUGGCUGACAAGGAGAACACGCCCCCGAGCCUCAGCGGGACCCGCGUCCUGGCCAGCAAGGUGGCGAGGAGAAUCCUCCAAGACGUCGCCGAACCGGAGAGUAAAGUAUCUACUAACCCCAGCGUUGAGGAUGAGCCGUUAUUGAGAGAAAAUCCCCGCCGCUUCGUUGUCUUUCCCAUCGAAUACCAUGACAUCUGGAAGAUGUACAAAAAAGCUGAGGCCUCCUUCUGGACCGCUGAGGAGGUGGACCUUUCCAAAGAUAUUCAGCACUGGGAAGCUCUGAAACCUGAUGAGAGACAUUUUAUAUCUCAUGUUCUGGCUUUCUUUGCGGCCAGUGACGGCAUAGUCAAUGAAAACUUGGUGGAGCGAUUUAGCCAAGAAGUUCAAGUUACAGAGGCCCGCUGUUUCUAUGGCUUCCAAAUUGCCAUGGAAAACAUACAUUCUGAGAUGUACAGUCUCCUUAUUGACACUUAUAUUAAAGAUUCCAAAGAGAGGGAAUAUCUCUUCAAUGCUAUUGAAACAAUGCCUUGUGUGAAAAAGAAGGCUGACUGGGCCUUGCGUUGGAUUGGGGACAAAGAGGCUACAUAUGGAGAGCGCGUUGUGGCCUUUGCUGCCGUGGAGGGGAUCUUCUUCUCUGGUUCUUUUGCAUCAAUAUUCUGGCUCAAGAAGCGGGGACUGAUGCCCGGCCUCACCUUUUCCAAUGAGCUCAUUAGCAGAGACGAGGGUUUACACUGUGACUUUGCCUGCCUGAUGUUCAAGCACCUGGUACACAAGCCAUCGGAGCAGAGAGUACAAGAAAUAAUAACCAACGCAGUGAGGAUAGAGCAGGAGUUCCUCACGGAGGCCUUGCCUGUGAAGCUCAUCGGGAUGAACUGCACUCUGAUGAAGCAGUAUAUCGAAUUCGUGGCAGACAGGCUUAUGCUAGAGCUGGGGUUCAACAAGAUUUUCAAAGUAGAAAAUCCAUUUGACUUCAUGGAAAACAUUUCACUAGAAGGAAAGACAAACUUCUUUGAGAAGCGAGUGGGGGAAUAUCAGAGGAUGGGGGUGAUGUCGAAUUCAACAGAGAAUUCUUUUACCUUGGAUGCGGACUUCUAAGUAAGCGGACUGCUCUUUGCUGAUUGUUUUUCUCCCCUUGUCAAAACAGCAAAAAACAAAUCAACUGGCUACACCAUGAAUUGUCAUUAAAUUUGUUAACCAGUCUAAAAACUGUGUAGCUACCUCAGUCGUCGGUGUUUUUUUUUUUUUUUUUUUUUUUUUUUUUUUUUUUUUUUUGCUAGUUGUCUCUUGACGAAGAAAGGAUGUUUAAAACAAAAGGUGCUUGGAUUUUUAGGGGAGAUCCUGGCCUUGGCUUUUUCGAGUAGUGUGGUCACCUUUGGCCUCAAAGCACCAACAAACAUCCAAAGAUGUCAGCCUCAUUCACCACUGCCUGCGGACUCUCCAGCGUUUACUUAAAACAAGUUUGUAAAUAAAACUGGCACUUUGUACACAAACAUAGUACUGUCGAGGGGAAGAGACCAAACACCGUGUUCUGUUCACCACUGAUGGCAGCUAAUGAAAAUGCAAGUGACUCAGAAGUUAGUGUUAGCAUAUCAUUUCCAAGCUGUGUUCUUCAGUGAAUUGAAAUGCUUCUUCAGCAGCUUUGAGGUCAGUCCUGUGCAAUCUAGGCAUUAGCCCGCUGGUUCCUGUCAUUCAUGUACAAAGUGUGUGUGACCCCAUAGAUCAGGGUAUCUCCUGCUUCAUAGAACCUCCGGCUGGAAACAGGUGUGAUUUGGGACACUUGCUGGUUGGCCCAGGCCCAGUCUCCCAUUUGUCUGAAAAGCAGUAUCGUCCCCCCCUCCCCCCAAGUUGUACUUUGCCCCAUUUCUAGUUAGUGCAGAGUCUUGAAAGGGCUUUGUUGAUAGGGUUUUCAAUAGUGGCCCAUAUACAGUCUUGAUUUUUGUCAGUGGUAAAGCCAGGGCUGAAGUCUGCUCCUAAAAGAAUCGGGAUAUUUCUGAUUGUGUGAACAGGUACGACUGAAAUUUGAUCCACUAAUUUUACAUGCCUUUUAUUGGGUUUUACCUGGUUUAUUAUGUUUUAAUUGUUCAGUAUUAUCUUGAAGUUUGCAAAUGUUAAAAUAGUACUGUAAAUUCUGAUAUUUGCCUAAAUUUUCUAUUUUUUUUUUUUUUUUUUAAAGACAGGGUCUUAAUUAUAUAACUGACUAGUCUUAGAACUUGUUGUGUAGACCAGACUCUCAAACUUGCCUGUCUCCCAAAUACUGGGAUUAAGGUUUGUGCCACCAUGCCUGGUUUUACCUGGUGCCUGGUAAAUUCCUAAACACCAGAAAUCAGUACUGUCUAGUACUGUAUGGGCUAUUAAUGUGUAUUCCAUUCACAUUCUUGUCAGACCAGUAGAUACAACUAACAGCUAGAGCAAAAUAACUGCUUGUGUAUGCAUUAAUCUGUUUGUGUUUAGGAAACAAAAUUCAGAAUUCCUCUAAGUUUGAGGCCAGUUGGGGGUACAUAAUGGAACUGUCUUAAAAACCAAUACAAAAGUAAGCAUGUCCCAUUGGUCUCUAACCUCCUUGUUAACUGAUGCUAUUGUGUACCAGCUAUUUAACCCCUGAUUCGUUUUAUUGUAUACAUACCUCUGUAAUAUGAGACUCUUUGUACCUAUUAAAUUAUUGUUACCUAAAAUUAAUAAACUCAAUUGCAUGGCA